GAAGAGUGAAAAACGGAGAGGGAGGAAGACGAAUCAGUGAGCGAGCUUCUCAUAGAUCGAUUCAGACUCUCCACCAUCCAUAUAAGCCGAAGGUGAACGCACGCACGCACUCUCCAAAUUUCCAUAAUAUUUCAUUAAUUUGGACGGCCCUGAUUUCGUUUCCGAUUCUCACUUCUCCAAAUUCCCCAUUCGCUGCAGCGAAGCGAAACGCCAUGGUGAUUUCGGGGCCCGUGAUGGCUUGCAUUGCCGAUUUGGCUUUCAAGUAUACAGCAGAACAGCUGGCAAAGGACCUCGAGUUAUUUUCUCGACACGGUGGUCGUAAAACUGCAAACGUGGAAGAUGUCAUACUUUCUGCACACAGAAACGAACAUCUGGCCACCUUGUUGAGGUCCUUCUGCAACGAUCUGAAAGCCAAAGAACCACAAUCGGAGAGGAAGAGAAAGAAAUCAUCAAAGAGGGAAGACCAAGCUACUACCAGUGUAGUACAUAUUCCAGAUUCUUAGCUUUGGUAUGUCUCUGCCUUAACAUGAUUUACUAAUGCACACCCGAAAAUCGGAUAGAGAGAUGAAUCCUUCUUGUCCAAAGUUUGAUGUCUAUGUAGGAAAAGCUGCGACUUGUUUGACCUUUUAGUAGCCUCCAACUUCUUCAUCAUGUGAUUUCUCAAGAAUCCUGAGUAAAUACGUAUGAAAAGCUAAAGCCAUUUCAGAUUA